UUUGUGCUGGCACUUUAAGACCUCCCCCACACUGUCGCUGGAGUUGGGGAGGGGGAAAUGGGUGGUCCAUUGCAUACAAUCAAAAGCUUCCCUGAGUGCAGAAAUCCAGUCUCUGCUUUGAUUAAUAGUAAAGUCCCUCCUCUUUUGAUUCUGGGAUGGACUAAGCGCUGCUGCUCGGUUGUCUGUGGGAAAAAAGAUAAGGGGUGCAGAUGGUCCACUGCUUUCUCACUGCUUCUGUUUUCUAAAGUGGGAUUCUGUUGUCUUAUUCUUGACUGUGCUGGAAUCAGAAAGGACAGCGGUCCAGCAGAGGCAACAUCAUGCGCUCUUCAGAGGAAAGGCAACAUCUGCAGUGGCAAGUAAGAGCUUUGCUUUUGGUUUCUGUCUCUCUCCGGAUUGCUGGCGAGAUGACCCAGCUCCAUUAUUCCAUACCUGAGGAGCUCCCUCCGGGGGCUUUUGUGGGGGAUGUGGCUAAGGACUUGGGUCUCACAGCUGCCCAGCUGGUCUCCCGACAGCUACGGAUCAUGUCUGGCACGGUUGAAAAGUACUUCGAAGUCAAGGCUCAGAAUGGUGCCUUGGUACUGAAAGAGCGGUUGGACCGAGAGGAGCUUUGUGGACCCAGUUUGCACUGCCUCCUGUAUCUGGAGCUACUUCUGGCAAACCCAACAGCUUCCUACCGUGUUGAAGUAGACCUCCUGGAUGUGAAUGAUAAUGAUCCAAUGUUUCUUACUACUAUUACCCAUUUAGAGAUUGCAGAAUCAGCUGUGCCUGGGGCCCGUUUCCCCCUAGAGACUGCUGAAGAUUUGGACAUUGGUACAAAUUCAGUCAGCACCUACCAACUGAGUCCACGUGGACAAUUCAGCCUGAGUAUUAAAUCCCAUAAAGGUGGGAGUAAACCUGAACUGAUUUUGGAGAAGGCACUGGACAGAGAGCAACAACAAUUUCACCACAUGGUGCUUACAGCCUUGGAUGGAGGAGUUCCUGCUAAGUCUGGAACUGCUAAGAUUGUCGUGUCAGUGAUAGAUGCCAAUGACAAUCCACCCGUUUUUAAUCAGUCAGUGUACAAAGUUACUCUACUAGAAAAUACUCCUGUGGGAGCUCUGGUGGUACAUUUACAUGCUAUAGACAAGGAUGAAGGACCAAACGGGAAAGUUUCCUAUUCCUUUAGCAGCCACACGCCACAGAAAAUCCGGAAAAUUUUCAGCCUUGGUGAAGAGACUGGGGAAGUAAGAGUCAUGGGAACUGUGGACUAUGAAGAAGACACGUCUUACGAAAUUGAUGUCAGGGCCAAAGACCAAGGAUCUCCCUCCAUGGACACACAUUGCAAUAUCUUGGUGGAGGUAAUAGAUGUAAACGACAAUGCCCCUCAAAUUAGAUUCAUCUCCCUAAUUGCCACAAUACCAGAAGAUGCUCCCCCAGGAACCACAGCAGGGCUCCUCAGAGUGAGUGAUGGGGAUUCUGGCAGAAAUGGAGAAGUGCAGCUUCAUCUCCCUGAAGAUAUUCCCUUCCAGAUAGUACCUUCUUUUAAGAACCAUUAUUCUUUGAUCACCAGUGGCCCUCUAGAUCGGGAGGAGAUUUCACAGUAUAAGGUUAUAAUCACAGCCACUGAUUCUGGUUCUCCCCCUCUUUCAAGCCAGAGUAGUUUCCUUUUAAACAUAUCUGAUCUGAAUGAUAAUCCACCUAGCUUCUUGCACUCUGCAUACCAGACUCUUGUAACUGAGAAUAAUGCUCUGGGGAUACCAAUUAUUUCGAUAUCUGCUUUUGACCCUGAUCUUGGCCAGAACUCCCAACUGUCUUACUCUUUGGUAGAGAAAAUCAUAAAUGGAAUGCCUGUUUCCUCCUAUGUCUAUAUCACAGAAAAUGGCACUAUUUACAGUGGCUGUUCUUUUGACUAUGAAAAAACCCAACAACUGGCUUUCCAAAUUCAAGCUAAGGACAACGGUACACCAGCCCUUAGUACCAAUGUUACUGUCUCCAUCUUCAUCGUAGACCAGAAUGAUAAUGCUCCCCUUAUUGUGUACCCUGUGAUGAAAAACGGGGUUCUAGCCCAGCAAUCAGUCCCUUUCUCUGCACAGGAAGGUUACUUAGUAACCAAAGUGACAGCUGUAGAUGCAGAUUCUGGACAAAAUGCAUGGGUUUCUUAUAAGCUUCAAAAAGCCACAGACCCAAGCCUUUUCAAAAUCUCAACAUUUACAGGAGAGAUCCGAACAAUACGAGCCCUUAUGGAACAAGAUGCUCCUUCCCAAGAGGUUGUUGUUGAGAUCUUGGACAAUGGGAUACCACCCCUCUCUGCCACAGCUACUUUGAUGCUUAAUCUAGAACGGGAACAUGAAUUAGGUAUGGCAGAACUCAGAAAAUCCAGCAUAGAACAGGAUGGGCUCUCCAACCUGACUUUGCAUCUUAUUAUUGCACUGAUAGCGAUCUCAGCACUUUCUACUUUAGCUUUUAUAUUUUUAACUGUAAAAUGUCUUAAAAGAUUGAGAUCAAGACACACAGAUGUCGCUUGGACCAGUGACAUGAAGGGAAGAAACCCCAUGGCAAUGGGGGGACACUUUGACACUUUCUCUGUACACUUGAGCCCAGAGGAAAAAGUGGAGUUUCCCACUGCCUUCAUUGCAGAAGAUGCUUCUCCUUUUACUCUUCUAAGGCCUAGUCAGGCUCAUUUUUUAGAAGGGAGAAAUGUCAGGAUUGGAAAACCAGUCACUCAACAGGAUAUCAACAACACAGACACACUUCUUGCCAGCAGUCUUUCCCAGGAACCAAAUGAGCAAGCACAGCCUAACACAGACUGGCGUUUCUCUCAAGCUCAAAGACCAGGAACUAGUGGGUCUCAGAAUGGGGAUGAAAAUGGAACUUGGCCAAACAACCAGUUUGAUACAGAAAUGCUUCAAGCCAUGAUUCUGGCAUCAGCAAAUGAAGCUGCCGCUGCCGCCGCCGCCAAUCCUGAUGGGAAUUCAACCCUAGGAGGAGGAGCAGUGGCAGGUACCAUGGGCCUGAGUACCAGGUAUGGCCCGCAGUUCACCCUGCAGCACGUCCCUGACUACAGACAGAAUGUGUACAUCCCUGGCAGCACAGCCACCCUCUCAAAUUCCUCAGGCAAACGUGAUGGGAAGCCUGCAGCCUCUGGAGGUGGAAACAAGAAGAAGUCAGGGAAGAAAGAGAAGAAGUAGAAUCCACAGGAAAACACCACUGCCAUCUAAGAUCUAAAAGGGCAGACUCUUCUAGCACUCCCCCAAUUCAUAGCCUAGGAUCAAGGAUGAAUGUGAAUGUGUGGUUUGACAAAACAAAACAAACUAAAAUGUGGAACGAAUGUACACUGUUGUCAUCAGAGCUAUGAGUAAUUCUCCUACUGUUACUCCUCAUGAUGUAAAAGUAUCUGAAAACAAAAGAAAAAGCCCUGUGGAAUAAUGUUGAAUAUAGUUUAUACUCUCUUGAGGAGGAUCUAAUAUGCAAGGGUGUCAGAUCUUUGACACAUUUUAUUUGCAGUUGUUUUGCUCCAGAGUGAUCUGCACAACCAACAAGGCUUAGGGUGGGCUCUGGUCCAUUGUAAAGAAUUCUUCUAAAUGUGGUGGGAGGUAUUUUUAUUCUUAUUUUUCAUUUUAAGAACAUUCUCACUUUCCCAAAUUUUGAUGAAAGUUCUAGGGGAGAAAGAAAUCAAACUCAACUGGAAUCCUUGUUAUGAAAUUGAUAGGGAGUGCUUUUGUUCCUGCUUUGUUUCAAAAGAAACAAGUGUUUAUCCUGCAUUAUUACAAGGGAAUGAGAUUCAGCUGCAUUGCAAACAUUUUAAUUUUUAGAUUUAACCAAUGACAGCCAGAAAAAUAAAACUAAAAUUAUGAUGCCUAAGAGGCAGGGCGCACAAACAUAUUGCAAUAGAAACCCUUUCAAGGGCAGAUAUUAGCAAGGUGGGCAACAUUACUCAUACUGAUUUGCAGUGGCCUCUGAAGAGACAUCUCAUCUACACUUUGAUCCGUAAAUAUUUAUGUGUACAAUAAAUGUUUUCUGAAAUAAGUUAAAGAAAGUUGAAGUCACUUGCUUGUGAGCAUAGUGAGCUGCUGCUCGUCUAAGCACUGAAAUCUCUCUCUUAGUUCUACAGGCAGAUCUCUUUGUUAGGUGAAUGGGCUCUGGUGGCCUUGUAGGUAGAGAAAUUUUGAAAAUGGAACGCUUCACAUUUUUCCGCACAUCAAGCUGCAUGUAAAACACUCACUUCAUGCCUACAGUAGAACUGUCAUCUCCACUGAAGCUAGAGUAGAGAAGUCAUUGCAUGCCAUAAACAGCAUGAUGUAAAUAUGCUGUCAAGUGCCCACUUUCUGGUGGAACAUGAGCAUUGUCUGUCUGUAAGUAGAGUUCAGUAACAAGAUGCAUUGGGGAAGAGCGGUAGGAAAGUUGCAUGUUCUUUAUGUCUGUGCAGCAUAGCCAAGAAAUAUCCUUGGUUUGCUGGCCUUCACAAAUUGAUAUUAACUCAAGAACCAUUGAGUUAAGGAAAUUUAAGGGACCAGACCCAGAUAAGGAAUUAAAACCGGAUAUUGACCUUUGACUGCCAAGCCAAUGACUCUGUCCCUGAGUUGAUGUUCUGAACACAGUAGAAGUGACUUAAGCAUUGGUGUACUGAAGGUCCUUGGGACCCCACCACAACCCCUACCUGGAUAUGAAUCCACUGGUUUGUUUGUUUGUUUU